CGCAUAACGCUUGUCGGUGUUCCCUGCCCUUCCCUGCCCUUCCAACGCAACUUGACCAGCUGCAAACAUGCAAGUGUGCAACGGUUCCCGCAUGGCUAGGCAAAACCUUUCGCAGCGUCGAUCUGUGACAAGGCUUCAACGUUCUCUGCAUGUGACAUGUCAGGCGUCACAACAGCGGAGCAGCGAUGCCUGUGUGGUGCAGAGCGCGAAGCUGCUGGCCGUCGCCGGAAUGGCCGCGAGCAUUCUGCUUGGGGCGCCGCUGGAUGCUAUGGCCGCCAAGAGCAGGCUGCCGCCCAUUGACGUGAACGACCCCAACCGCUGCACGGUGGCUGCUCUGGACAAGUUCGCUGACACGCGCGCCGCCUUCAGCCAGGAGUCCAGCGGCGGCAAUAUGGUGGAGGCUAUUGUUGAUGUCCGCAACUGCGACUUCUCCGGCCAGAACCUGAGCGGCAAGGUCAUGAGCGGGGUCAUCCUGGAGGGCGCAGACUUUACGGGGGCCAAGUUCGUGGGCAGCCAGUUCGCCCGCGCCAACGCUCGCUCCGCCAAGAUGGCGGGUGCCGACUUCACGGACACCAACCUCUACUCCACACAGUUCGAGGGAGCUGAUCUGCAGGGCGCCAACUUUGAGAACUCCAUCCUCACCGGCAGCACCUUUGGCAAGAACGAGGACGGCGUGUGGGCCAACCUGAAGGGCGCUCAUUUCGAGGGCGCGCUGGUGUCUUCUUCCGACAUCGGCCGCAUCUGCGAAAACCCCACCCUGGAGCUGUCCACACGCAAGUACGAGCUGGGCUGCCGCGCCAACCGCUGAGGGCGUGCGUGUGCAUGUGUACCCGUGGCGGCGCUACGUCAUUGCUGUGGUGUGUGGGUAACCUCGUGUGCGGAGGAUGAUGGAUGUGGGGCACGGAGGGAGUCCCGAGGGCGCAUGGAAUGGGUGUUGUGACAAGAACCGAACCCCGCCGAACCUGUAUGGUGCGCUGGACUGUGCGCAUUCACAUAGGUCGUUGGGGCAGGAGCUCGCCUGGGAGCCGCACUGCUGCGAGUAAGGGUGCUGAUGCUCAUGGCUAGCAAGCAAAUCGAGCUCGGCUGGCUGCUGGGGAAGUCGGGGAUGCAACGGCAGGUCGCCGAGCGGGAAUAUUGUCAGUAUUCGUGCCAGGUCAUGCCUGCAUGUAAACAGCUACGGUUCGUUUGCUAAGUUUUUGAAGUGUCCUGCAAGGGUUAAAGACCGCACGCGCGCCGGGGCCGAGGGCCUAGCGACGUCGGUGCGGAACGAGAGGGGCUGGAAACGCGAGGCAGGGGAUGCGUGGCGAUGCGUGCGAGCGUGUCACUUGCAAUGUGCACAACAAUGUGACAUGGGGCGCGCUGGCUUAAAUAAUUUCUCGCACGCUGUGCGCAUUGAACGGCGAUUCGCUGA